AUGUUAGCCAAUGACUCUAGGGAGUCUAUCCUCCCACCCUACCCCGGGUCCUAUACGGGUUACCUAGGCACUGAUGGUCCUUCGAACUCACGGCCGCUUUCGGCGAAGGGUUUGGCACCCAACAAAUACACUCACGUGCCACAAAAGUAUCAGAAGAGAUCGAGCUUCUUCUACCGUUAUGCAGGCAUUUGGCGAGCCUUACCCGCUGUAUUAGCGGUGAUCAUUUGGUCAACACAAAUGAUAUAUUUUUUCUUCUGGUUCAUCACCCGGCCAGCAAAUGAGGAUGGUUCAUGGCACAGAAUUGGCGCAUCAUACGCGGCAUGGCCGUUUAUAUCAUGUAUUGGUGCAGAAAGACAGUUGUGCUUCAAACUUGCCAGUAUCAUUGUGGCAUGUCUCCUUUGGACAACUUUUGGAAUCGACUACUUCAUAGGACGGAAAGCCCCCGUGGGAAAGUGGCUCCGAUUGGGCAAAAUGGUGUUUUCGAGCAUAUCCUCGGCCUUUCUCAUCGCGCUGGCAUUUUCAAGCGUGGACGGACAGCGCAAGAAUCACCUUAUCUUUACCAGCUUCCAGAUUAUCCUCAUGGCAUUCGCCAAGGUUUGCGACUGGUAUCUUAACCGAACCAUGAGAGAGUGGCUUCCAAAUAACCGACAUUUGCAAGUUUCGAAAGCAUGGAAACGAGUUGCAGCAUCCAUUGCACCACCUGCGGGUCUAUUAGUUAUGCUUGGAAUCUAUGGUUGUACCGCCAAGUUUGUCAAUGAUACGGUCGUCUUCACGAGCCAAUGUUGGUCGCUAGUGAGCUUCGCAGCGACGGCCGAGUGGACACUGAGUACACUGUGGAUGAUAUUCGUGGGCACAGUUGCAUACGACAACUACCACCUUGAGAAUACGGUCCAGAUGUUGCUGAUGACGCCUCGUCCACUCAAACGGGAAAAGAACAGACUUGGCUUUUGGGCAACGCGGUGGUUCAAGACGAACCAGGGCGGGCACGACCUCGAAAAUUGGGGUGGGCGACCAGAGGCCAGACGGGUCAUUAAGGCCAACACAGAUUUGGAUCAGGAAACACGAAGCAUGUUUGAACGAGACUCGAUCGUGGGAGGCAUGGAUGAGCCAAGAGUCGAAGAGUACAGCCCAUUACAGCACCAAGGACGCACCGUGAUACCAUCCAUUCCGAGCCGAGUCGGACGAGACUUGUCGAAUCGUGGGUAUCAGCAAGUAAGCAGUUCACCUUAUGCGGAGGGUCCGUGA